AUCAGAAGGUGGAGAAUGGAUGGAUGACAACGUUAGUGCAGGAAAAACCGCUUCAGGCAAGGGAAGAAUGAUCCGGGCUCGCGGCCUCAUACGUGGCACUCUUCCAAGCUGACAGAAGAGGAGUCAGAGCCCGCCAAGAGAGAAGCCACCCCAGUACCAGUGUGGCAGCCAAAAUAUGAAGCAAGGUCCAAAGAGUUGUCCACGCAGCAGGACCAGGACAACCAGAAUCAACUAACCAGCCAGUUCAACAUGGAGAGACUGGAGCGUCCCUCUCAUCCUUACCCUCCUGGUCGUCUUUCACCAACUAAAUACACCGCCAGUGCCGAGCCGCUCUGUGGACCAGGGGCCAAAAGGGACUCCGGGCUGAGUUGUUUCUCUAGCAGUUCCAGUCCUCCUGUUCGUGACUCCAGCACAUGUGGUAGGAAGGGCACCAGCACUGAAAACAUUUUCUUCAAGGGCCUUCAGAACGAAGGGCCUCAGCAGGCUGAGCGGCCCAGGUACCCGCAGCCGACACUGGGGAAUGGAGGCUGGGAGGGUCUACGGGCAGAAGAGCAGCCUUCCUGCAGAGUGUCCAUUGCAGGGAGACCCAUUGGUCCAGUGUGGCAGGUACCAGAGAAAAAGAAGUCCCAGUCUCCUCCUCCACCACCUCCUCCCCUGCGCAGUGACAGCUUUGCAGCCACAAAGGUGUUCCCUUACUCUGAAGGGCCUAGUGGUCCAACAAAAAGCAAAGGCAGGUCCAUUGAAAAGCUGACAGAACAUAAUGAUCAGAAUGGCUUCAGGUCUCAACAGGAGAAAACCUCAGAGGCCAGACAUAACAUCAACCCCCUGCCCACUAAAGACUUCCUCCAUCCCAACAUGGCAGCUGACCACAACCACAACCAGUUGCAACCCAACAAACUUUUCUCCCUGUCCAGCAAUGACGUCAGACAGUCUCAUUACACCCAACGACCUGCCCACCAGAGGCAGUACAGUGACGAAAGCCCCCUCUAUCUGCAGACCAGGUCAGCUCCUUCCACCAAGAUUCAGAGUGUGGGAAGUUACUAUCGCAGCCUCCAGGAUCUGCCCACAAACACCUUUGGCCGCAAACAGGUCCGCCACUCCACAGCAUCCAUGGCAAGUUCUGCUGCAAACCUAAACCUGGAGAAUGGGGGGUACAACCGAUUCUACAGCCUGGCGACCAAGCAUUCCAUUCAGACUGCUGAGCUUCUGGCCAGGCAAGGCAAAGCAGAGGCUCGGAGGGGGGAAACAGAGAAACUCCAAUGGGUAAACAGCAAUGAACCAGGCUUUCCAAGUUCCUUGAAGACAAACAUGAAGGCAAAGUACUCCCUACCUCCAUUCCAGAUGCCUUGCAGUGAAAAUAAGGAGCGCGAUGGCCAUUCCCAUCUGGGGAAUGGUCUGCAUUAUGACCACCAAACCGCUGAACUUUCUGUUCGGAGCCACAGCCCAGAGGAUGCUGCAAAGAGAGGUGAAGGACACUCUAAUGACAUGAAAAGACACUUCCCAGCACAUCAAAGUAAUGAUCAUAAGGUCAGUCUUUCUAGGCACCAAGACCCAUGGGUACCCCAAGAAGAUCACAGAAUAUGCCCCCUGAAAACCCCACUUCUCCACUCCCUAGCCCAGGAGAGUAGGACUCUGGCUGAGAGGCAACCAGCAGCUAUGACCACAGGUGUCAUGUCCACCCAGGACGCCAGUGACAUCAUGGCGGCCAGCAGUGGAAAAUCAAAUCGACGCAGCGACCGUUAUGCCACCACCCUCCGCAAUGAGAUCCAGCAGAAGCGGGCCCAGUUGCAAAAGAGCCGCAGUGCUGCAACCCUGACAUGCGAUGCAGAGGAUGAGGAGGCAGAGGAGUGGAGAUCCACAAAGACUUCUGCGUCUUCUGGCGUCUCCUUCUCUAACACCUACAAGGACCACCUGAAAGAGGCACAGGCCAGGGUCCUCCAAGCUACCUCCUUCCAAAGACGAGACCUUGAGCCUCUUUGGCCAGAGGCACCGGUAGUUAAAACCUCCAAUGGACGCAUUAGAGGACGUAAGCGCUUCCCCCUGGCCAAGAGGACGCACUCCUUCUCAGAGCCUGAUAAGAUAGACAAGGUGGGAGUGGAGGGAGAACCACAAACAGGGUCUUUUGGAGAGCGGAGGAAGUUCUUUGAGGCCAAACCGGCAUUUUCCAGGCCUGUGCUGAAGUCCAGUCCGGCAGACCUUGGUGAGACAGGAAAACCCAAAGAGAGAACUCCCACUGGAGAGCCUGAGGAGGCUCACCCAUCCGCAGACCCCAACCACCUCAGCCCUGGACAUAAGCAGUUCUUUCUAGAGCAGCAGAGGCUUGGGACCUUCGCUGAGUACCAGGCCACAUGGAACAAUAAGAAGAAGUCAUCAGAGGCCAAAACGCAAGGGAGGUAUCACUCAGCGGAGAACAUCUUAGAUGCAGAUGCCGAGGAGAAGGCUGUGUGCGUCCAUGAGAGAUCCCGAUCUUCUCCCUCUGCAGACUUCUAUACACAGAACAUUCCUUCACCAUGGAGAGAGCCUCACAGCCAGCAGGGCAGUUACACUGCCAGGGGAAAAACUGAGAACAGGCUGCGAUACCAGCCCGACCACAGCCCACAGUCAGCCUCGUCAGUCCCCAGAAACGAGGGCCCGGUCCCAGGCCUCAGUGACCACAGGUCCAAACCAGACGCUGACAAUCCCUCCCACACCACACACUACUUGGGCCCUCGCAGCCUCAGCCCCAACGUUGGCUCCCAUCUUCCACAAGCCAAGAGCCUCCUGCCGCCGCCCAGGCCCCAUUUAGGCCCAGAAACCACAUCCUCCUCCCAGGAAUUCCUCGCUGGCGCCCAGGCGGACCCGGCAGAGCUCCAGCCUCUGUCCAGCUCUGACACCCAGCACCAUGCAACUGCCCAGAAGUCCUCCGCCGGCCCCGCCCCGGCCAGCUCGCCUCACCUCAGCGGGACGUCCGGAGCAGACACGAGCAGAGGAGAUGCAGAAAACGAGGAGGAACAACCGCAGCCACCUUCCUCUUCAUCCUCGUCCUCCUCCCGGACGGUGGCUUUGUCUCUUCCCGCCGAUCGGGUGCGGUCUCCCUCGCCACAGUUCGCACCACCGAGACUGACGGACAAACCGCCGGCCGUGUUCGUGCAGGAUGACUCACCGCUCAGGUCAGAGAGUGAUCUGAAGCUCCCUGCAGACAUGAACAGUCCGGUGAGGAAAGUCCCCGUGAGGAUCGUCCACGCUGAGAGCAGCUCGGAGCGAGAGGGCAGGGCCUACCUGCCUCAGAGCAGCGAGUCCUGCAGCGCCUUCGAGCUGCCGCCCCACGUCCCCUCCCUGAGCACCACACAGCGCCCGGCCUCGUCCCUGUUCAGCGCCUACGCCCGCCAGGCCCAUCAGGACCCGGCUCAGGCUCCGGUGUCAGUCCAGGAGUCAGCCCACGAGUCCAAUUCGGCGGGGACUCGGCACUCAGAAGAGGACGCCAAGAGGGAGGAGCUGGCCAGGGACAUCAUGGGUAAAGACAAGUCCCUGGUGGACAUCCUGGACCAGAGUGGCAGGAUGACCACCAUGGACCUGAUGGAAGGGCUCUUCCCCACGGAGGAGCAGAUCCUGGAGGGGGCUCUCCAGCGCAGGAGGGCCUCCUCCGGCUCCAGGCUGCCCACCUCAUCCCCCAGGAGCAUGGACAGGAGGGAGGAGGAGGACGUGUCUGUCUCUGCAGCAGCCUCCCUGGUCCCCAGCUCCUCCUAUUACAACACAUCUGCUCCCAAAGCCGAGCUCCUCAUCAAGAUGAAGGACAUGCAGGAGCAGCUGGAGGAGCAGGACUCUGAGGACGAGCUGGAUGUCGACCUUGCAAGUAAAAAGCAAGAGCUGAUCUCCAGCCUGGCGGGGAAGCUGGAGGUGCUGCGGGAGGCACGGCACAGCCUGCAGGAGGACGUGGAGGACAACGAGGCUCUGGGCCGCGAGGUGGAGGCCACCGUGCAGCGCCUCUGUCAGCCCAACCAGCUCGACAAGUUCCGCAUGUUCGUGGGCGACCUGGACAAGGUGGUGAGCCUGCUGCUGUCGCUGUCGGGGCGGCUCGCCCGGGUGGAGAACGCCCUCAACAGCCUGGAGGAAGAAGCCCCACCAGAGGAGAAGCGGACCCUGACAGAGAAGCGCAAGCUGCUGAUGCGGCAGCACGAGGACGCCAAGGAGCUGAAGGAGAACCUGGACCGCCGGGAGCACCUGGUUUCCGGCAUCAUGGAGGCCCACCUGGACGCAGAGAGCCUGGACGACUACCGCCACUUUGUGAAGAUGAAGUCGGCCCUCAUCAUCGAGCAGCGCAAACUAGAGGACAAGAUCAAGCUGGGCGAGGAGCAGCUGAAGUGCCUGGUGGACAGUCUGCCGAUGGAGCAGAGGCCGCUGUUCUGAUCCGGUCCUGCGGGAGAAGUACUGGAUCAAGACUCAGGAGGCCUGGAAGUUGGGGGAUUUCUGCAUUUGUGGCCGCUGCGUGUAGCAUUUUUAUAUUAAUGUCAUUGUUUGAGGCUCAGUUUUAUGCCAGUUUGUUCCUCAAAAUGAAUACUGCAUUUACGUGUGACCCCUUUUGAGCCUCAGUAGCUAAAUUAGGAAGUAAGAUCAGUCAAUUAGAAACGUAACUGAGCAAAAAACGACGGCUUCGUGGAGGCCCAGUUUUUUCCACGACGGCUAGUGAUUGAUGUUUAUUUCUUGCUUUUAGUCGACCAAAGUCAAGAUGUCUAUGCUGAUGUUUCAGAUAAAAAAAGUUAAACAUCUGUGCGUGGAGGCAUCAAACUAAACCAAUGCCAAUAUUCCAUUUCUGUAAAAACUGCUCAGAGCCACUUGCACAACAUAAAGCUGAAACUCAGGGUUGGAAAAUUAAUAAAUAACGUGUGUAUACACACACAAACCACACGUUGCUCUCGACCCUGAUGCAAACACACACAUUUGGUCCUGUCGCCAUCUGAUUCCAGUCCCCCUUCAUUAUUGAUGUCUCUGAAUUGUUGUAUUUCAGCUGCUCUCCGGCUGCAUGUGGCUGCAUCUGUCAUUCAAUAUCGUGUGUUUUAAGUUUUAAAGUAAUAUUUUCUAGUAAUUUAUUGUAGCCUUUUUUGAAAACCUCUGCAGAGAGCAGGGAAACGUAAUUUAUUUAUCUCCUCCUGUGUCACUUUUACACAAUAUCUCAUUUUUGAGUGAAACUCUUGAAUGUUUGCUAGAAUAAGAGAAAACUUCAUCCUCAUGAAGACGAUGCUGACUUCCAGCAGGACUUUUUCUAUAUGAUAACACACAGCGAAUGUGUCCUGGAUUGCUUUGUUGCCUGUAAUCUCACAGGUUUUCGUUCACACGUGGUGCUUUUAGCUGAAGCUCCCAUUGAAAAUCUCAUCACCUCCGGACUCCGGACUGACCUCUCAGAGGAAAACAGUUUCUGAGGAGGUUAAUCUAAAAGUGAGCACUUUACUCUUUGCUUUGGCCCACUCACGGGACUCUCUGCAUAUAUAUUUAUUUGAAGACGUGCCUACUGUAGCCUCCCACCACUGUGAACUUCAUGGACUGACAUGGGCGUGCCCCUGGGUACUGUUUCCAGCCCACACACACUU